UCUUGUGGGGCGAGUUGUGGUGCUACAGGGCAUCUGGGUGCUGAUGCUAGGGGUUGUGACAGGUGCUUGUCUUUGGCUGCGGAGGGCCCUAGAGUCAAGCUGCCUGGUGCGUGCCCUUACGGAGGAGAGGCAGGACCCUGCUGCUGUUGGGGGCUCUGGGAGGAUGUGCUCGAUGGCACCGAAGGCCGGGGGAGACGUUAUCGGUAGAACCCCUGAAUCCUGCAAGCUUGCUGCUAGCUCCGUCUCCCCCAGCUCUGGCCUCUGAUGUUCUUGUGAUGCCUUUGCUGAUGAGGGACGCCCCAGGGGGACUCGCGUGUCGGCCUGUUCCAAGGAGCUAGACCAGUUUGCUCUCGGCCGGAUCCCCGCGGGCUGCUUGGGCACGGCAGAGACUCUUGCUGUAACUCGGGCUGGCUCUUUGCUCUGGAGUAGAGGGUGCUGGCACUGCAGCUGGCCUGGGCUGUACUGGAGCCAGACCUCCAGCGAGGACAGGUAGAGGUACAGGUGUCGCACACGGGGCUGCGUGGUGUGGAAAUGGGCUGCUUUGUGCUGACCGGGCUCUGAGGGGUCACAGUUUGUGUGCACAGGAGAAUGGAAACCUCUCCUGCUUCAUGGCAGCCUUAACUCCUGCAGGUGCAUGGAGGGGAUUCCCCAUCACCCCUCUUCCAGCUGCUGUUCCCCUUACUCCUUCCCCCAGUGCCCGUUCCCUUCCCCACUGCACAGACCAGACGCAGCAGUGGGGAGGGAAGGUGACCUGGGAAAUUGGGCUUUGGGGCCAGUUGAGCCAUUUGGGUGGGGGUCUGCAUGCUGAUUUGAAGCACCUCAUCAGGCAGGGCUGGUCAGACGGCUCGGGCAGGACUGAGAUGGCAGGGAUCGAGGCACUGGGGAGUCUGCAGGGGUGUUGAGGACUGGAGUGGUGCCCAGGAGCUGUGGGUCAUGCCCGAGAGGUUACAUGAGGGUCCUGCACGCCGAUCCUUGCUCCUUUGCAGCGUUUUGUCCAAACGGCGCGAUGGCAGAGGGGUGCGCUCUGCCUCACCCAGCCUGCCCAGAGCCGUUGGGGGAAUGACGAUGGGGCUGCCCAGGCUGGCAGUGUCUGGAGGGGAGCCUGUGGGCAGAGGGCAGCACUGUUUUGAAAAUAUAUAAUUAUAGUUUGCAUCGACUGUUCACCCACUGAGUGUGCAGUCUACAGCCCUGUUCCCUGGCAGUUAAUCUUCUUAAACAGUGCAAUAACAGGGAGAAAAUGUGUUUAAACAGACACGAGAUUACUGGCUUGCUUUGUGUGCUCCUUUGGAUGGGAGAGCCAGUGUCCCGGGCCCGCUGCACAGUCCCCUAGCUUCGCCGGGCUGUGAGUCGGUCGGUCUCCUCCACGGAGCCCGUUAGGUCCCCACUUAGGUGGAUGUCUUGGGACUGUGGGAAGCGACGAUGGCGAUUCCAUAGGAAACACCUCUCUUCUCUCAAAAUCGGGCUGUGAUAUCCCAGCAGUGACAGAGCUGGAGGUGCUGAGGUGAGUGGUGGGGGCUUCUAGUUCUGCAGAGCUGAGGGGUUAGAUCUACUCUCCGGGUCCCUUCCCAUUUGGAAACUGCCUCCCUGUCGGGCGGUGUCCUGCUGCCGUUGAACUGCUGCUGUGCUCCAUCUCCGAGCCGGCUGCGUUUAAGCAGCGGGCAAAGUCGCUUCCGCGUCGAGAGCCUUCUGAAGGAGCAGCACGCUCGGAGGGUAAGAGCGCCGGGCCUGACUCCGGCUUCAGAAGUUACCCGGGGGAGAUGCAGUGCAGAGGGUCUCAACCAGGGUGCCGCUGGGGUGUCUUGAGAUCUGUUUUGAGGGUGCCAUGCAGUGCUAGUGCUUCAAGGCAUGCAAACACUGUUCACAAGAUGCCUCCAGAGACUGCAAAUAGGAAUCCGGAGUGUCAAAAGCAUUCAGACCUGCUGGGGUCUGUCUGAGUCCUUGGCAACAGGAGAAUUGCUCUAGUAUUUUUCCGUUGUCAAAAUAGUAUUUUUCUGUUGUCAAAAACUGAGUGAGAACUGAGAUGGCAUUUCCGGGCCGGGGCGGCGGGGGAGGAAGCCUAGAGUCUACAGAGGUUGAAAACCAGUGCCCUAGUUGCACUGGGGCCAGCCUAGAUGUAAAUCCAGGGUAGUUUCUGCAUCCCAGAAUUAAAUGCUGGCACUGAUCAUGUUCUUGCUGGGUGUUUCUGGGUAGCAAAUCAUCUGCGUGCCCUGCCUCCCGUCCGGCGGCUGGGAUCUGUGCUGCGGAGAGCUGCGGGAACGAGAGCAGCCUGCUCCUUCCGCUCUGCGAGCUGACUUGUGAAGUUCCUCCGGCAGGGCCCAGUCGGACAGCGCAGUCGCCCCACCUCCCGUUUGUCAGCGUGACUGGCUGCGGGGAGGGAGGAGUCCUGGCCUGAGCAGUCACUGCCAGGAUGCAUGCAGAGGAGGCUUAGAGACCCAGCAGCCUGGGGAGCGGCAGUGCAAACACUCGGCUUCCUCCUGGAAGACUUUGAAGCAGCUCCAGGCCUGUUGGGCUGAGCCAGGGCAGGAGGAGGUGUAGAGCGGGAUUCCCUCGACGACAAUGAGCUGCCUUGUUCUCCCAGUUUGCAGAGCACCUGGAGGAAAGGGCUGCCAGCUUGUGGUGGAAGUGCUCUGGCAGUUCCCAGCUGCAUCUCUCCUCCUCUGGGCUGCUCUGAACUGUCUGCAGGGAGCACGUGGCUGUCUCGGGCGGCUUGCUGAGUACCCCGGUGCCGGGUGGAACCCCGCUUGGAGAGCGCUGCUUGGACUGGGGCAGCUGCAACCGGGCGAUGAGGAAGACCUCCCUUCCUGUGCUACCCAGCUUGGCUUUGGCUUGCUGAGCACAGGGGGCAGAAAGCUGUAUGUUACCUGGGGAAUUGGAUCCACUUGGCAAGAGACCAAGUAGCUUUGCAAUAAUCCCAGCUGGGAGCGUGUCUGUGGAUCCCUCCUGCAUCCCUCUGCUCUCUGACUUGCCGAGGGACGAAACUCAGUGACUUAAUAAUGCACUAAAGCAAGGACUUGGCAUGAUGCUACCCAGCAGAAGAGGUGCAAAUACCUGGCCCUGCCCUCCCAGCUCUUCUGCUUCCUUAUAAAUUGCUCUGUGGGUGUAGAAUUACCAGGCCCAGCUCAGAGCUGCCGAGGGCUGGCGUGUCUCUGGAGCUGGUAGUGCGACUGUCCGCCUGCUGUGGGACAGCAACUGCCGUGAGAGCUGGGAGUGCUGUGGGGGCACCAGCGAGACCACGCAGGUGGAAAGAGGCUGCCAAGAGCUGAAUCCCAAUGAACGAAGAUUGUGUUGUCCCUUGCACAGGCGUCUGCUGAGGGACGGAAGGCGGGAGUUCCUGGCACCGCCGCAUUGCACUUCACUGCCUAGCACUUUUGCGUGGCUCAGAGUUCCCAGGAAAGACCCCUCAGCUCCUGACUGACGUGGAAGGUCCCGGGUGCCUGAGACAUGAGACUGCCGGAGCGAGGAGGGAAAGUCCCAUAGAGGGACAAGGAUGGAGCAGAGCCCUCUCUUGCGCAUGUGGGUGGCAGAACCCCAGCCCCCAGCCCACAGACAGCAGCUGUGAAGCAGGUUUGUGGCAUUCAAGCGUUCUGGGACAGCGACCUGUUGCCAGACACUCAGGCAGGGCAGGUGAUGCCCGCUGGGGACUGGAAUCCUUGCAGCGCCCUUCCCUGCCCUCCCGGUCUUUGCCGCAGGCCCCUGUGUCAGCCCUCUGAGGUGGUUGGGUACCGCAGCAGCCAUGGCAGAGCACCUGGAGCUGCUGGCGGAGAUGCCGGUGGUGGCCAGGAUGGGCACCCAGGAGCGUCUGAAGCACGCGCAGAAGCGACGGACACAGCAGCUAAAGAAAUGGGCGCAGUUUGAGAAGGAAGCUCAGAGCAAGAAGGCCAAAGCCGAGAGGAGGAGGAAGAGUGGCGUCAGCCGGGAGCAGCGCGUGGUGUUCCCGGACAGCGUCAGGUUGUUGGAGGCGGCAGCUCGCAAUGAUGUGGAGGAAGCGCGGCACGUCCUUCAGAGUGGCGUCAGCCCCAACCUGUGCAACGAGGACGGCCUCACAGCACUGCACCAGUGCUGCAUCGAUGACUACGGGGAUGUCGUGAAGCUGCUCCUGGCUGCCGGCGCCAGCGUCAAUGCCUGUGACAGUGAGCUCUGGACGCCGCUGCAUGCCGCCGCCACCUGCGGGCACCUGCACCUGGUGGAGCUGCUUGUCCAACAUGGUGCCAACCUGCUGGCAGUCAACGCGGACGGGAACAUGCCGUAUGACCUGUGUGAGGAUGAGCUGACACUGGACUAUAUUGAGACGGCUAUGGCGGAGCAGGGGAUCACCCAGGAGAAGAUCGAGGAGGCCCGGGCUGCCACGGAGCAGAGCAUGGUGGAGGACAUCCGGAGGCUGCUCAAGGCUGGUGCCGACCUGAACGCCCCCCUCGACCACAGCGCCACGCUGCUGCACAUCGCCUCUGCCAACGGUUACCUGGAGGCUGCUGAGCUGCUUCUGGAGCACAAGGCCAGCAUGAGCGCCAAGGACCACGAUGGCUGGGAGCCUCUCCAUGCUGCUGCUUGCUGGGGGCAGGUCCAGCUGGUGGAGCUGCUGGUGGCCCACGGAGCUGAUCUCAACGGGAAGUCGGUGCUGGAUGAGACGCCACUAGACGUGUGUGGGGACGAGGAGGUGCGCGCCAAGCUCCUGGAGCUGAAGCACAAGCACGACGCCAUCAUGAAGUCUCACGACAAGCACAAGUCGCUGCUGCAGCGUCGGACCUCCAGUGCCGGCAGCCGUGGGAAGGUGGUGCGGCGGGUGAGCGUGACGGAGCGCACCAACCUGUACCGCAAGGAGCACGAGAAGGAGGCCAUUGUGUGGCAGCAGGGCGAGCCGCGGGCCAGCGAAGCCGAGCUGGAGGAUGAGGACAAGCAGACGGACACUGAGCUCCAGCACCACCAGGCCGAUCCCGAGCCGCUGGUGGGGAGUCCGGUGGUGGAGGAACAGCAGAAAACCCGGCUGACCCAGAGGAACGGAGCCGCUGGCUCCGCAGGCCCCUCCAAGCACCUGUUCUCCAAGCGGCUGGACCGCAGCGUGUCCUAUCAGCUGCCUACCCAGGACGAGUCCACAGGUGACCUGUGCAAGGAGAAGUCCCGCCACACGCUCGCGGACCUCAAGCGCCAGCGGGCAGCUGCCAAGCUCCAGCGGCACCACAGGGACGACCACCCCCUUAGCAAGGACCCUCCUGCACCUGGCUCAGCCGAGGUGCCCCAGGGCAGCCCGAGCCCGGACUCGGAGCAGAACUCAGUGUACUACACAGCAGCCAGCGGGGACCCUCCCCUGCUGAAGCUGACGGCUCCGGCCGAGGACACCCCCGCAGAGAAGAAGCCAUGCUGCAGGCUGAUGUGAGGAACACGAGAGCAGGCAUGAGGGCAUCCUCCUGCCCCCAUGGGCCCCUGGAGUUGCUCCAAGGCAGGUCUCUCCCCUGGCUUCUCUUCCAGGGACUUGUCCCUGCGGGGCUGUGGCUGCCCACAAGGGACUAAGUGACCACCACUGGGGCAGGCCAGGUUGGCGGGAUGCCAUUUACCUUGGUCACUGGCCAUGGGCUGCAUGUCCCACAGCAGUGGCAGCUCAGGCACUGCACAGAGCCCUGCCAUGGGCUUAGAGCUGAGGCAGGCUGUGUCCACGCAUGAUGGGAGCCAUUCUGUAACAUGCCAGCCAGAGCUCAAGCCUCCCUCCCUGGCUAAGCUGGGCAGCACCAGGAGGGGUGGAGUGUGCCAGGAGCCCCACGGGGGCCAGGCACACAGCACUUCGAGGUGAGGGCAUUCCAGUUCACAUGCUGGCUGCAGCCCUGUAAGCCACCCCACCAGAGCCCAGGCUGCACCCGAGCGGUUCAGCUUACCUGCAAUGGGUUUAAACCAGCUCAGGGCCCUGUGGAGGCAUGUGCUUGGUUACCAGGGGGCUCCUAACAGUCAAGAGGCUGGGACCAGCUAAGCCUGGCUGCAGUGCCCUCCCCGGAGGUCUGAGCUACAUCAUAACAGGAUCCUGGGCUAAAGGGGCUAGUCAGACGGGCCCCGGGAGCAAGUCUCCUGUGGCCCCGUCCCCCGGGAGAUGGCUGUCUUAGUACUGGCGCAUCCACACAGGGCCACACUUGCUGAUUCAAGUCAUUGAAAGCAGUCGCAGGCAAAGGAGGCCUGCGUCCCACGGGCUCUCAGCCCUGGGACCCCGGCCUAGCAGAAUGCACCUGCCUGGGGCCGUCUGGCCAGCGCUCCCCUGGUCGCAGACCUAGGCAGGGUAAGGGGCCACUGGGGACCGUCCCUUGCCGUCUGCCAUCAGUGCCAGGCUGUCCAGCCUAGGUUCCAGUCCCAGGCUGAGCAAAUUAUAGGCUUCAAGCUUCCUUUCCACCUCUUCUAGCUACUGCCUGGGGGGCCUGUCCCCUCCGUGUCCCGUGCAAGGCAGCUGGAAGGAGUGCUUGCUACAGCCACCCCCACCCACCCAGGCAGGCAGCUCCUCGUGGGGGUUCAGAUCAGUGCCAGGCUCGUGCAGACUGGCCCCAAGCAGCUGAGACCGCUCCUGUGGGCAGGGCCAUUCAUAGGAUGUCGGGCCGGGAGCUGGCUGGCAUUGCCGCCACAGAGCCCCAUCCUGUCCUGGCACAGCUCACCCGUGGAGCCCCGGGCACCACAAAACAGCCGCCACCUAGAAAUGCUCUUACCCCCACGUCCAUGGCAGGUGGCACCCUAGGGCCCUGUGCCAGGCAGAGGAGGAGUCUGGAGCCCCGGGGGGCUCUAGUGGGCUGUCGCACCUGCCCACCCCCCAUCACCCGGUGUGGUCCCCCAGUGCUCGGCACCGGAGCAGCCGCAGACCCAUCCCUCCUGCUGCAGGUCCCUUCCUUCUAGGUGGAGCAGAAGCCCCCCAGGAGUGACACUGGUUGUUGGGAUAGAAAGCAUGGGAGGAUGAGGAAGGGGCAUCUCCAUUCUUGCCCUGGUUUGGAAGCUGGGGCAGGGAAAGCUGCCCAAUGCUUGCUGGAGCCGAAUGAGCCGCCCCCCACCCCAGGGCACUUCCAGCGGGCACCCCCUGGGUGCAGCACUCAGGCCCCAGCCCCCUUGUACUGUGCCUGCGCGGCCCCCAUUCCCCCGGCCUCACACAAUGGAUCUUAAACUUGCAAGGUUUCCAUGAAGCCCAUCCAUGUCUCAGCUCUUCUUUCCAUGGGGGGUGGCAGGGGCAGGGCCUGGAGCUCCCCGCGUCGGGGGUACUGCCCAAACCGCACCUGCCGUGCCUGCGCCCUGGACCGCUCCACCCCAGCCAGGAGCAUUCCUCGUCCCCGGGCCCCCCCCAGCUGGGCCGAGGCAGGGCCCAGCUUUACCUGCGGGGUCAAAGGUCCAAGGGGCGAUGGCCAGACCUGUGCCCUGGAGGUUGGUGGGGUGAGGCCUGGGGGGGCUGUGGGGCUGAGCCAGGGCUGGGGGGAGGCCGGAUACGUGCCCCCCACGCCAGUCCUCUGCACUGGGGGCUCCUUUGGGUUGGCAAGCCCCUGCCCCUUGCUGGCUUAAACCAAGAGCAGCUUUUCCCAGGAGCUCUGGAGCUGGGGGUCAGGACUCUGCUCCCUCCAAGCCCUGAGCAUGCCCUCUGCCCCCCAUGCCCUGCUCCCACGGGCCCCCCCGCGCUCCUCGCCCCAGGCAGGUCCUGCUGUCCCAGCCUGGUUUGACCUUGGUGAUCGGGUUCCGGGCAGCGGCCGCGGCGUCACUCACGGGCCGGGGAGCCGAGCCAGGAUCUGGUUUCAGGCAGACCCAGGGGAGCAUAGGACCCCCUCCCCCCAUCUGCUGGACCCCCCAGCCCCCAGGGGAGCCAGGCCUGGCCCCAUGGGGUUGUGGGGGCACCGUGUGCAGUCCAUGCCCAUCACCCCCCCCAGCCCAGCACAUGCCUGACCCUGGGACCCUCCCGAUCUGUGCGGGGCAUGAGCAGCUUCUCCGCGGUCCAGCCCGGUCACCUGGUGCCUUGGCACGGGAGCCGGUCAGGAGGCCUGGCUCUGCUCCAGGGGUGGGGGGUGACUGUGCCCAGCGACGGGUGGGCAGGGGCGCAGAGUCCAGCCCCGACACCCUGGGGAUGGGCACGUGCUGGGCUGGGGAAGGCCCUGUCUGGCUUCAGGGGUCCCCAGGCUGUGGCUGGACCCUGCUGGCACCUGGAGCUCAGUUGCCCCCAGUGUCCCAGGGCAGGGAAGGGGCCCCGGGGUGGGCACGGACGGUGCAGAUCGGCUCUCCCAGGGGGACGGGUUGAACUCUGCUGGGGGUCCGGGGGGGGGCAGAGCUCCAGGCUCCCAGGCCGUACCAGUUAUGGCUUUUUAUUCGCUGGGACGUUCCUGCAGCCUUGGGCAGGGGGCUGCCUCUGUGCCCCCCACCCAGGGGAAAGACCCCCUAGUUUAAAGGGGCUCCGAGCCAGAUGCCCGGGCAGUGCUGGGUGGGGAGGGAAGGGGUAUGGGGCAAGGGGGGCUUGGCCGGCGCCUGCUGAGCUGGGGAGAGGGGCCUGUUGGGGUCGUGGGCGAGAAGGGACGAGGCCUGGGGCAGUCGCAGGGAGUCUGGGCUCCUCACCCGUGCUGGGGGGGGGCGUCUCCAUCACCUGCUGACACCCGGGUCCAGAGGAAGCUGUCUGGGUGUGGCUGGGCCUGGCCCUGGCCCUGGCCCCAGGGCUUCCCCCAGGAGCGGGCAGGGGGGCCGGGCUGGCGGCACCUCUGCCUGCCACCUGGCCCUGGGGGAAACUGAGGCACGGAGCUGGGCUUCAGGGUCUAGGAAUGCCCCAUGGGACCCAGGCAGGGAGGACCCUGCAGAGCGAGGGGGCAGGUCAGGAUUGAGGCUCCCCCAAGAGGUGCCCCCCUGCCUCCAGGACACCCCCAUCUGGGGCACAGGAGAGGCCUUGGAGGGGGCACCUGGCCUGGCCCCACAGCCUGGGCAGCCCCGAGGCAGGGAGUCUGGCCCUGGCAGCGCGGUGUGGGCAUCUCCCCGGGCCACUGCCCGCCGGGGAGCCCUGCCCCAGGUCGGGGGCUGGAGGGCAGUUUGCGGCCUGGACCCCCCACCCAAGCACCUACUUCGGGGCUGCUCACCUCCGGGCCCCGGGGAGGGGCGGGCGCUGGCAGCUGCCGGCGGAGCCAGGGGCCGGGUUUUAAAUUUAGUGCGGGCCGCGCGCAGGCAGCUGCUCGGGAAAGGUCCCACUCCCGGCAGAGGCAACACC